AUGAAGACCCCACACCAUAUCUUCAGAUACCAGUCUCUCUGGCAAAAUUUUGUGUUUCUCAUACUCUUAAUUUCAGCUCAAGCGUCAUGGACUCUACUUAGAAGGAACGAAUCGCUUAAGCCUGGAUAUCACUGUAGAAAUCAUAGGUUUUCCUUCAAUGAAAUUGAAUCGAGUCUUAAAAUAGCUUGUAAAGCAUUCACUAAUAAAAGAGUCGAAGCGAGACGACCUCUCGUACAUGUUGAUGAUAAAGAUUUCAACAACUUGAUAUUUGGAUGGAGCCUUCCUCCAUCUUUACAAAGUGGUCCUAAAGGUCGAGUAAAGAGUAAUCUUGACAGGAUCGUGUUCAACAAUAGAUGCGAGCUGAUAGAUGUCCUUUAUCGUAACGAUAAAUCACAACAAUUUAAACCUUGUACUAAAGUAACAGAAGACUCGGCAAGUACGUCUUCGGGCAAGAAGCAAGCCCCCAAGAAACCUUUCCUUCAAUGUGGAUCCUUCUCAUGGGAGCUUGAAGAUUUUGUACAAUCAGUCACUCUCGAUAUAGACCCAUACCUGUAUAGAUUUGUUGAAAUGGAGCACACAUCUAAUAAAGUUGAUGGUCCAUGGAAAACAGCCACUUUGAUAAAAAAUGUACCUGUGACCAAGAGAACGCAAAAUAUACCCUACGAAAUUAUAGUAAAUAAACAAAACGAGGUUAUCGGUGUGAUUGUUACGCAUCAUAUAAGCCGAGAAUCGACAGUAUCCCCUUAUUUUAUUAAAGACAUGGUUUAUAUGUCCACCCAAUUUAUGGGCCGUGGAAAACAAUCAAUCAAACUCGUUUGCCAUUUGGAUACAAAGUUUUCACUACUUCCUCAAACUCAGGAAUCCGGUCCGACAAACUCUCGUAAGCGCAAGACGCAAGCAUAG